CGGAGAACCAAAAAAUGUCAACUACCUUUCCAGGUCUCGUCCACGAUGCAGAGAUACGUCAUGACGGAUCAAACAGUUACCGUUUGAUGCAGCUUGGAUGCCUGGAGUCUGUGGCCAACUCGACCGUCGCCUAUUCCUCCUCAUCUCCUCUCACUUACUCUACCACGGGCACCGAGUUCGCCUCCCCGUACUUCUCCACUAACCACCAGUACACCCCACUGCACCACCAGUCCUUCCACUACGAGUUCCAACACAGCCACCCGGCAGUCAACCCCGACGCUUACUCCUUGAACUCUCUCCACCACUCCCAGCAAUAUUACCAGCAGAUCCACCAUGGAGAACCCACUGAUUUUAUCAACCUGCACAAUGCGCGGGCACUCAAGUCCUCCUGCUUGGACGAGCAGAGGAGAGAGCUGGGGUGCUUAGAUGCUUACCGCCGCCACGACCUGUCUCUUAUGAGCCAUGGAUCCCAAUAUGGGAUGCAUCCAGAUCAAAGACUCCUGCCAGGACCAAGCCUCGGGCUUGCAGCCUCGGGAGCAGACGAUUUGCAGAGCUCAGUGGAGGCCCAGUGUGGACUUGUACUCAACGGGCAAGGAGGUGUGAUAAGAAGAGGUGGCACCUGUGUUGUCAACCCCACCGACCUGUUCUGCUCCGUUCCUGGUCGCUUGUCUCUGCUCAGCUCCACUUCCAAGUACAAAGUGACCAUUGCAGAGGUGAAGAGGCGCCUUUCACCACCAGAAUGCCUCAAUGCUUCCCUCCUUGGAGGUAUUUUGAGAAGAGCAAAAUCCAAGAACGGAGGACGCUGCUUGCGAGAAAAAUUAGACAGACUUGGACUGAACUUGCCUGCAGGAAGAAGAAAAGCAGCAAAUGUCACACUUCUGACUUCCCUGGUAGAAGGGGAAGCGCUACAUUUGGCCAGAGAUUUCGGCUACACCUGUGAAACAGAGUUCCCUGCCAAGGCAGUAGGAGAGCACAUUGCCAGACAGCACAUGGAACAGAAAGAGCAGACAGCGAGGAAAAAGAUGAUCCUAGCGACAAAACAAAUAUGUAAAGAAUUUCAAGACCUUCUAAGUCAAGACAGAUCACCCCUCGGAUCCUCCAGACCAACUCCAAUAUUAGACCUCGACAUCCAGAGACAUUUAACACAUUUCAGUUUGAUCACUCAUGGUUUUGGAACUCCUGCAAUAUGUGCUGCCCUAAGCACUUUCCAAACUGUUCUCAGUGAAAUGCUGAACUACUUGGAAAAGCACACAUCGCACAAAAACGGAGGAGCGGCGGAAUCCGGCCAAGGACACGCCAACUCGGAGAAAGCCCCCCUGCGGAAAACUUCAGAGGCUGCUGUGAAAGAGGGCAAAACAGAAAAGACAGACUAGCUACAUCAAACAGAAUCUAUUUCGAGAGAGUCUUGCUGCUGAUAUUUUUUUUAAAUAUAUAUAUCAUUGAGGGCAAUUUAUCUCCAGUGGACCAAAUCCAAAAAAAAAAAAAAAAAAAAAAGGGGGGGGAAAAAAGAAAAAAAUAGUAAAAAAGAAAAUAAAAAGAAAAUAAAAAAGAAAGAUUAAAACAGAGAGAAAGAGAGAGCGUGCGAGAGGAAAGUAUUCAACCCUAAGAACAGCAGUGUACAGUAAUUGUGUGAUGAAAUUGUCACUUUUUUAAAAUUUAUGUUGCUCUAAACUGCUUUUUUGUGCACGUAGUAUUUGAUUGUUCUGAAUGAUACACUAACACUGUUUUUUAUAAGCACUUCUGGACUUGGCUGAGGUGGCAUGUGAAAUUUGAAGCACUUUCUUCUCCGGCAGCAGAGUUAGGGCCAGUGCAUCGUUGUGGGACACGCGGUUCCAGCAUCCUGACUUUGCUUGCAUGCUGGAUAGAUUGAAAGAAGGGCUUCCUCUGGUCCAUCAGAAAUGCCUGAUCUACUCACCAUUGGGAAAACAAUAUGGAAAUCUGGCAAAAGAGGAAUUCUUGGGUCAUGGGACAAAUGAACCGUCCUGUACAUGGGAAUGUACAAUAAAGCUGCACUGGAAUGAGGCCAGAACCUGUUGGGAAUCUGUCCUGACCAUUCAAGCAGCAGCCAUGGUGUCUCUUGUGAAAAGAGCAUGGCAGACUAAAAGGAAAACAAACCUUGAUAGUCUCAGUAAGAGCCCUGAUCCCUCUCUGAACUUCAGUUAAAAGACAGCAUGGUCUUCUGUCCUCUAUUUUCUCAGCCCCUGCUCCCACAGCACUCUGCCAUACCUGGGUCUCCGUUCAACACAACCAAUGCAGGCAAUUGGAGUCACCUUUUGUGUUGCCUUGAUUUUAUGAUGCUUUCUUUUCUUCAACAGCUUGUUUCUGCAGCUUUAUUGUCUUUAUAAAUCCAGCUGAGGUGCAGAGGUCUAACAGAAUCCACUCACUGGAAAUAAAAUAAAAACAAAAUGACCAAUAAGACAGAUUGGCUUAGUCCACAGCAGCUGAGUGGUAAUAACCUUGCUAAUCUACUUUUGAAAUAUUGCUUUACCACCUACCACACAUUCUCACACAGAAAACAUGGGGGGUUUUCAUAAUUUGAACUCAAGACUCUUUGAGUCUAGGGACUUUUUCCUGUCACAUUCUAACUCCUUCUUCAACAAGACCUUUAUUCCAUUCUUUUUCUUGCUUCUCUGACAUCACCUAAUUGAGAAAGUUAGGAAGGAAUGGUAUUAGUGGGAGGGCUUGAUGUUGUCCAUCUAAACUCUAUUUAAGAUCAGCAGAACCAGACCUUUUCUUCCAAGGGACAAUUCAACUCUUUCUGUGGUAGGAAAAACCAGAGUUGUCCAUGUGUAAAUGUUUAGGGCCAUUUGAGACGUUUUAGGUAUCGAAGACAGCCACAGAGUUUUGACAGCUAGGACAUGAAACCUUUAGGAGAACUGGACUCACCUGGAGGAGGAGCUGGAGGAUCCCAGAGACAGCACUAGAUAACUGUGGGUG